GAAGGAAAGAGCUGGGAUGUUCUGAUCUCUUGGCUCUGAAGGUCAGGGGUUAGGAAAAGGCACAAAUUCCCAUAGUCUUUAUUUCAGUUGCUCUUUGGUCCACCCACACCAGUUUCAGCUAAAAGGUGAGUCCUCUCGAUGGACUGUGUCUCUCUCAGGAGCCAAUAAAGUUUUAGAAGUUUGAAAAGAAAAAAAAAACAAAAGGAACUCGCCAUCAGCCACUAGCGUGGCUGCGCCUGCAGGCUCAGACUGUGAGCCCGCGAGGCUUGUGUGUUGGCAGGCAGGGCCUGUGGGGCUCAGAGAAGGACCGACUGGUUGGCCUGGAGGGACCAUCUGCUGCCAGAAAUGGGAGUCACUGUGGAUGUGCACCAAGUGUACAGAUACCCAUUUGAGCAAGUGGUGUCCAGCUUCCUCAGAAAGUACCCUAACGCCAUGGAUAAAAAUGUGAUUGCUGUGAGAAUUGUGGAAGAACGAACAGAUGUCUCAACAGGGAUCAUCUACAGAAAGAGGAUUGCAAUCUGUCAGAAUGUGAUUCCAGAAAUUUUAAGAAAGGUGAGCAUUUUAAAAGUGCCAAAUAUCCAGUUGGAAGAAGAAUCAUGGCUCAAUCCUCAGGAAAGAAAUAUGGCUAUAAGAAGUCACUGCUUAACGUGGACCCAAUAUGCAUCCAUGAAUGAGGAAUCUGUCUUCAGGGAAAGCUUGGAAAAUCCAAAUUGGACAGAAUUCAUACAAAGAGGCAGAAUAUCAAUCACUGGGGCAGGAUUUCUCAACUGCAUAUUAGAGACUUUUGCCUGUACUUUUCUAAAGCAGGGCGCCCAGAAGGGAAUUAGAAUAAUGGAAACUCUUCUGAAAGAACAAUGUGGGACCCCUUUACCUGAAUAAAGAAUGAUCAGAGGAGUUGAGUCCAUGUCUGCGGUUCCAAGAAAACAAUGCCUUUGUUGCCACUGCAUUUCCAAAACCUUUGGGUAUUCCAGCCGUAGAGUGAGAAGGGCUCAAGGAUACAACAUGGAUGGCUUGAAGAAAAGGCACUAGCCUUCUACAAGUAUUUAAAAGGAUAUACUCUUCUGGAAGUACAGUUCCUUUUCCAUUUGUUAUAGAAAAUGCAACUCUUGGGGAUAAGUUCUUCAAUUUGAAUUUUACUUUGAAAAUGAAAAAGAUACAAUGUUUAGGAUAAUUUUUGCUAAUUAGUGAUUCCUAGAAUUAUUUCUAUAAUUCUCUUGUGCCAUAAAAGCAACAAGAAUUGUUUAAGAAGACUGAAUCUUGGUCUUCUAUGUGCAUGGAACAUCACUAUAGCCAUAAGAUCAUGUGGAUUAGUAAAUUUAAGUUCAACUCUUAUAUAAACUAAGGAAUUGCAUUUUGAACCUGAGAUGGCCUGUGGUAGUCAUGCUGUUGGAUUAUGUUGAAAACAAAUUACCUUUAUAGUGCAUACAUUAUGAUGGUUUGAUAUCCUUUUCAUAACCCUCAAAAGAAACACAUUUGCUAUCUAUCCUAUAAUAACCAUUUUAUAUUCUGAUAUUCUAGCUAAAUCCAUGCUGUUUAGCAGAGCAUUAGGUUGGAAAUUAGGAGACUUGAGUUAUAGUCUUGACUGACUCAGGUCACUUAACUAAUGUUAAUUUUCUUAUAUGUUAAGAGGGGUAAGACUUGCCCUACCAACCUUAUUGGGUUGUUGGGAAGGAAUGAAAGAGGCAAGCAUUUAUUAAGUGUCUAAUAUAUGUCAGACAAUGCUAAGAACUUUAUAUUAUCUUGUUUUAUCUUCACAACAACCUUGGAAGGUAGGUGUUAUUAUUAUCCCCAUUUUAUAGAUGAAGAA